AUGACGACCUUUUUAGAGAGCGCAUACAGCUUGGUCCACCAGGACAAUGCCGCCGACGUCCCUUCUCAGAAUGACUUCAAGAACGCCUUGGAGAAGGGCUCGGAUGAGCAGAAGAUUGAGACCAUGAAGAAGGUCCUCUCAAUCAUGCUCAACGGCGAUCCCCAGACCGGCUUGCUCAUGCACAUAAUACGAUUCGUCAUGCCCUCGAAAUCGAAGCCCUUAAAGAAGCUCAUGUACUUCUUCUUCGAAGUGUGCCCAAAAUAUGAUGCCUCAGGGAAGCUGCGACAGGAGUGGAUUUUGGUCUGCAAUGCCAUUCGAUUCGACUUGCAGGCACCCAACGAAUACGUGCGAGGGAAUACAUUGCGCUUUGUAACGAAAUUGCGGGAUGCUGAGCUUGUAGAGCCUCUUCUUCAGCCUGUACGACAAUGCCUCACACACAGACACGCCUACGUGCGAAAGAACGCAACUUUCGCUAUCGCGUCUAUUUUCACACAUCUACCUGAACUUCUUCCAGACGCACCUGAUCUGCUCGUCACCUUCCUUGACGACGAAAACGACGCGACCUGCAAGCGCAACGCUUUCGCCGCUCUUGUCUCAAUCAGCCACGAAAAAGCAUUAGAAUACUUGAGCACUGUCUUCGACUCUAUCCCCAACCACGAUGAGCUGGUACUGCUUGCCGAAUUGGAGUUUAUCCGGAAAGACGCCAUUAGCAACCCCCAGAACAAGGCACGGUAUUUGCGGCUGAUCUUUGAUCUGCUAGAGUCCAGCAUGUCAACGGUUAUCUACGAAGCUGCGCACGCACUCACCACUCUUACUUCCAAUCCCGUAGCUGUCAAGGCAGCCGCAGGAAAGUUUGUGGAACUCGCUGUCAAGGAGCCUGACAAUAACGUGAAGCUUAUUGUUCUGGAGCGCGUAGACCAACUGCGUCAAAAGAAUGAGGGUGUUUUGGAUGAUCUCACUAUGGAAAUUCUCCGUGUCUUGUCAAGCCCGGACUUGGAUGUGCGGAAGAAGGCGCUCAACAUCGCACUGGAAAUGGUCACAAGCCGCAAUGUCGAAGAGGUGGUCCUGUUGCUCAAGAAGGAACUGGUCAAGACUGUCGAUGAACAAUACGAGAAGAACUCCGAGUAUCGGACACUGCUCAUCUCCGCCAUCCACCAGUCAGCGAUCAAAUUCCCAGAAGUCGCUGCAAGUGUUGUCGGAUCGCUCAUGGAUUUCAUCUCCGAUGUCAGCAGCAACGCAUCUGCCGUGGAUGUUAUCUCUUUCGUAAAAGAGGUCGUUGAGCGUUUUCCAGAUCUCAGGGCAUCGAUCGUCCAGCGCCUUGUUACCACCUUGGGUGAGGUCCGCGCAGGAAAAGUCUACCGCGGUGUCCUUUGGAUCAUUGGAGAGUUCUCGCUGGAAGCUAAGGACAUUCGAGACGCGUGGAGAGGUAUCCGCGCAUCGCUCGGCGAAAUUCCUAUCCUGAGCUCGGAGCAGAGGCUGCUGGACGAGGCAUCAGAAGGCAAGGAACCUGUCGAACAAGUAAACGGCCAUGCCAAACCUGCAGCGCCCUCUGGUUCACGCAAAGUGCUCGCAGAUGGCACAUAUGCCACCGAAAGUGCGCUCACAUCAUCUGCCGCUGCCAAAGCCAAACUCGAAGCCGUCAAAAACUCCCAGAAACCUCCGCUCCGCCAGCUUAUUCUCGAUGGCGAUUACUAUCUCGCGGCUGUACUGUCCAGCACUCUUACCAAGCUCGUCAUGCGCAUCUCAGAGAUCUCACAGGAUACCGCUCAAACUAAUCGUCUCAGGGCAGAGGCUAUGCUCAUCAUGAUCUCCAUCAUUCGCGUUGGCCAGUCACAAUUUGUCAAGACAUUCAUCGACGAAGACUCUGUCGACCGCAUUAUGUCUUGCGUGCGAUCACUGUCCGAAUUUGCGCAGAAGAAGGAGCUUGAAGCUGUCUACCUCGAAGACACACGAAAGUCUUUUAGGAUUAUGGUCCAAGCAGAGGAAAAGAAGCGAGCAGCGAAAGAAGCAUCCGAGAAGGCGAAGUCUGCAAUCAACGUUGACGAUUCAUUCUCGAUAAGACAGCUCAAGAAGAAGGAUGCAGAGGGUCUGGACGAGGUUGCAGAAGACCUCGAACGAGCAACUGGUGGUGACACAGCCACGGAAGAUAUCACAUCGAAGCUUAGCCGGGUGCAGCAACUCACAGGCUUCUCGGAUCCGGUCUACGCUGAAGCCUACAUCAAGGUACAUCAGUUCGACAUUGUCCUGGACGUAUUGCUGGUCAACCAAACUACCGAAACUCUUCAGAACCUGACUGUCGAGUUCGCCACGCUUGGCGACCUCAAGGUUGUCGAACGGCCGCCUACGCAGAAUGUUGGCCCACACGAUUUCAUCAACCUCCAAGCCACCAUCAAAGUUUCUUCUACUGACACUGGUGUCAUUUUUGGUAACAUCAUAUACGAAGGUGAAAAGGGCGUCGACUCCAACGUCGUUAUCCUCAACGAUGUACACAUCGACAUCAUGGACUACAUCAAGCCUGCAAACUGCACGGAGACCCAAUUCCGAACAAUGUGGACCGAGUUCGAAUGGGAGAACAAGGUUAACAUCAACUCCAAGGCCAAGUCACUGCGCGAUUUCCUCAAGCAGCUCAUGGCAUCCACCAACAUGUCUUGCCUUACGCCAGAGGCGAGUAUGAAGGGUGAUUGCCAGUUUUUGUCUGCGAACCUGUAUGCUAGGAGUGUGUUCGGUGAGGAUGCGUUGGCCAACUUGAGCAUUGAACAGGAAGGUAGCAACGGACCGAUUACAGGUUUCGUCAGGAUUCGGUCGAGAAGUCAGGGAUUGGCGCUCAGUUUGGGGAGCUUGAAGGGUUUAAAUAAGUGA